AUGGACGAUCAACAGCCACAAGACUGGUCCGUUGAUCGAGUUGUCUACGAGAUGUGCCACAACGACAACCCCGCCUGGGCAGUCCACGGUCUCAAGCCAAUACCGAACAAAGAACAGCUCGAGUCAGUGUUCAGAGACAACGAUGUCGACGGCAGCGUGCUGCUGGAGGACUUGACUCCCGAGACUUUGAAGGAUGAGCUCAAUCUCACGUCCCUCGGUCAGCGAAAGGCUCUCGAGAAGGUCAUAAGAUUUCUGCGUGGUGGUGUCUUGCCGUCACUCACACCAGCUCCACUGUCACUACGCGAAAAAAUCUAUCGCUACCAAAAUAGCAUGCCAACACCCGACCUGUCUCGAAGAUCACCUUAUCCACAGUCUGCUAUGAUGGAGAGUGUCUAUGGUGGAACAGCGUUUGCACCUGGACAGCGUCCGCAUGACAAGACACCCAUUCCAGAUUGGAAGCAACCUUUGUUCCGCGACAAGUCACAGCUGCCAGGUGGGCGCCUGGUGGAGUCGACAGCUCUAGACUGGCCAGCCGAGUUUCGGUCGCAAGCCAACGAUCACCAGGACCUGCUUCGCGGUGGACAACAGCACAACUCCAUGGCCGUGAAUGCCGAUACCCAGAACUUCAUCGAAGAUCACAUGGCAGACGCCGCAACCGGAAUUGAUCUCCUCGACGGACUGGAGACUACCAUCGACCAAAACCUUCGACCCACUGCUGCCAUCGCGCAGGUGCGCCAGAAACAGCAUGAUGAGCCUGAGCCUGAAGAGCAAGAGUUGGAGAUUGUGGAAGUUAAGCGAAAGCGACGUAUUGCUCCGACCUUUGUCCGUCCGCUACAACCUAAGACUCCAGUCACACAGUCGUAUCUCCAGCAAGUACCAAUGAGCAUGCAAGACACAUUCUUCUCACACGAAUCAGACGCCGACAGCGACGACAGCUUCGUGUACAGCAGUCCUCCGGCCACGCAGGUUACAUCACUGGUCAUUGCACGCCGGAUUAAGCACUUCAUGCAGCAACGCCCGCGCAAAGUCCCUGGCCUCCCAUACAACGCCGUCUAUCUGCUACCAUACCACCCAAGACAAUGUGCUGGUGCCAUGUCGGAGCCAUAUCUUUAUCUCUUCUCCCAGAACACGGACACACUGGUUCAGAAGCUACAAGACUGGCCCGAGAUCAUGAAAGAUGCAGAUCGUGCAAACGUUGCAGCCUCCAGACGUAAGGUCAAAAAGGACUCCAUCGUCGCUGUCUUUGAGGCGGGACAAUUCGCUGCACAGAGCCAACAGGGAACAGAGAACAGCCCGUCUCCGCCGUCAGACCUUGGCGACUAUGCGUGGCUUCUUGAUAACAACCCACCGAUGACUGACGACGAUGUUCUACCUCACUAUGGCGACUCGGGCGACGAGAACGAUUUUGAUGAAGAGACAUGGGAAGAGAUCGAAGAGGAGCAACGUGAGCGCGAAGUCAAGUCGUCUGGUCUCAAAUCCGCUCAAAUCGCUCAGGCCAUCGACGAAGCUACGACUGCGACCAAACAGAAAUGGCAGACUCGGAAGCUUCCCAAGGUCAAGGCUAAGGCGUAUCGUUUGUGGAUGAGGGUCGCCAAGGCUAAGAAGCGGUCUGCUGAAGUCAAUCGGUACUACGCCAUUCGAAGCCACAAGAAUGCCUCACUCCAAAAGAUGCGCGAGUCCAUCCUCAAAGAUAAGUGGAGCUCUGUUGACGAGGUCAAAGUCAUCUGUGGUUCUCUCGAAGAGACUCUGUUCCAGAUCCUUGAAGCUGAACACAUGCUGGAUGUGCUACAUCAGAACGACCCGCCUGAGAAGCCUCAGCCGCAGUCUGUGCAACGUCAGCCACGUUCAAAACCGGUGGACAAAGAUGGCGAAGAGACCCUAGACUCCGAGUCUGACGAUAAUUUCGUCGCCUACGAUGGCCUCGACGUAGCGAAAGAGGACCCGAGAGACGAAGACUUCAAUCCGAAUAUUUCACACAGCUCUGCCAGACGUACCGCACCGAACUUGGCUGUUGUUGAGGAUGUCGUGAUGCCAGAAAUCGAUGAAUUAGAGGAUAUGCCAGUCAAUGAUGACUCUGAGUCUGUCGCAGAACCUCAGACCGGACCAGAGCCCUCUGCAAUGCUCAUCGAUGACAACAAUGAUGCAGAUGUCGAAAGCGAAUCUGAUAAUAUCGGGAGCCUGCUCAAUCGGACCAAGAGAAAGCAUAGCUCUCAAGCACGUUUAUCAAUCACGAGCGAGGACUGGUCGUCGUCGCAGAAAGCCUCGCCUGAGGUCCCUCCAUCAAUUCCACGACAAAUCCGCCGACAGACGAGGCAGGGGUCCGAUCCUGAGAACUCUGAUCUGGACGCUCAAGAAAGACUGCCCUCAAGCAAGUUCAAGAAGCUAGGCGGGACGAAGGAACAAGCUAUCGAGCUACUUUCCUCAGAUCCAGCACGUCCAGAGGACGACUCUUCCGGCGGGUUCGACUCUGUGACCACGCCACCUCUGAAUCCCGACAUCCAAGAGUCGGAGGACGAGCUCGUCCUUCCAAGUCGUUCAAGAAGACAAGCCUCCAACCGAGUCAUGGCUGCAAAGAAAGAGCCAAGCAGUGAAAGCACUACGAAGAAGUUUGCCGACAACAUUACCGCUUUGGAGAAAGCGCUCGGUACUCUGCACGCGGAAGAGUCUGAAGCGAUCCAGCGCAUCUCCCUAGCUUUGUCUGAUCGGCCGCGGGUGUUCAAGCGAGACUGCUUAGGAGAUCUGCUCAAGGAGGGUCUCGUCGCUAUGACCACAUUUGAACCAUACAGCAUCAAAGGACUGAGUGCGCAGUCUUCGCAAACUGUCCGCCAGAUCACAGAAUUAUUCCUGAGCUUCAUGUUCCAGGAAAAUCUGGUCAAGAAUCAGCCAAACAACUUGCAAGUCAACGAGGCGCAUGCAAAGUAUUUGGAACAUGAACGAAUCUUCGAAGAACAGUUGGCAAAUUCUCUGACGUUCUACUCUCCUGGUCGCAAACCUGCCCUGUCCCAGAACAAAACGCAGCUGACAAAGGGAUCCAAAGCAGCAAGCAAGCGCAAGUUUGCACAGGUCAUAUCAGAUUCUGACAGAGCUCGUACACCUGACGACAGCGACUUAGAUGGCUUGCUCUCUGGCGACGAAGAUCUUCAGGAACACACUCCACACAAGAAGAGAAAGCGAGUUGUUGCACAGUCUCAAGAAGCCAAGACCGUGCAAAAGAACGACCAAGCUCGAGUGCUAGAGCAGGAGCGGCGCCGUAACGCACUGUCCCAAAAGAUGCUAUCUGUCGAUGCUGAUGCCUCUGCGAAAGUCAUGGUCAACACCAUUGAGCCCCUCAUCAUGCUGGAUGACUACAUUGCUUCCAGGGUGAAGCCCCAUCAAAUUCACGGCAUCCAGUUUCUUUGGAGAGAGAUCGUUGCCGAUCCCCGUCGACAAGGCUGCUUGCUUGCUCAUACCAUGGGUCUCGGAAAGACCAUGCAAGUCAUUUCAUUGCUGAUCACCAUCAGACAGGCGUCCAUCAAUCCAGAUGCUGGCGUGUCAGAGCAAGUGCCACCCCAUCUACAUGAAAAUAAGACUCUUGUUCUUUGCCCGUCGUCGCUCGUUGAGAACUGGUACGACGAGUUGCUCAUGUGGACCCCACCAAACGACUAUGACGUCUUGGGCGGCAUCUUCAAGAUCAGUGGGCGUGCACAGGCUGGCCAGAUUGAGCAGUGGGCUGAAGACGGGGGUGUGUUGAUAAUAAGCUACGACACAUUACGUUCUCUACUCAAACCUGCCGGGAAGGUAAAGCAACAAGAGCGCGAUAAAGUGGAGUCAUACGAAAAGUGGCUACUUCGAACACCAAGCAUCGUCGUUGCAGAUGAAGCUCACAAGCUCAAGAACCGUAAAACCAGCAUUGCCGACCUGGCGGCAAAGUUCAAAACUAAAAGUCGCAUAGCCCUGACCGGCUCACCACUCAACAAUCACCUCGAAGAGUACCAUACGAUGAUUGAGUGGAUUGCCAAAAACUACCUUGGUGAUAUCAACCAGUUCAAGUCGAAGUAUAUCGAGCCGAUCAACAUGGGCCUCUACAAGGACAGCACACCCUACGAGCAACGCGUUUGUCUGAGGAAGUUGCAUACGCUGAAGAAGGAUAUCGAGCCCAAGGUCAGCCGCGCAGACAUCUCUGCAAUCGAAGACGACAUGCCACAGAAAACAGAGUACAUCAUGACAAUUCCGCUCACGCCAGGACAGCAUGAUGCAUAUCUGAUGUAUGUCAAUACUGUUCUGGGCCAACGGGCAGGCGGUGCGACCACUAAGUCCGGUGGUCUCUUCAAGUGGAUCAGCGCCUUGCAAGUGCUGCUUGCUCAUCCGAGCUGCUUCGUCGAGGUCUGCGAGAAGCACCGCGAGACAGCUCAAGCGUAUGACAGCUCCACGGAAACCGACCAUUCGUCCGAUAGCGAAGCUAGAAAUAAGCUAGUCGAGCUCACGAAUGAGUACGACCCGAUGACUGCUACAAAGGUAUCAAAUUCGGAUCUCGCAGCCGAGGAAGCAGCAGUCGCAGUCUUCGACCACAACCAGGAGGUGGGAGACCUGUAUGCAGAGGAUCACUCGCAUCGAACUUUGAUCACCAAGAAGAUCGUCGAGAAGGCCGUGGCUUGUGGCGACAAAACACUGGUCUUCAGUCAUAGUAUUCCAACACUAGACUACCUUGAAAAGAUGCUCAAGAAGAUUGAUCCCCACUGCAUGAGGAUCGACGGUUCGACCAAAAUCUCCGAACGACAGAAGAUGACCAAGACCUUCAAUGACUCUGGAGAAGGUCAGAGCAAGGUCUUCCUGCUUUCAACACAAGCUGCUGGACUUGGACUGAAUCUUCAGGGUGCCAAUCGUGUCAUUCUCUUCGACUUCGGCUUCAACCAAUAUGUAUUUGUGUACCGCUUCAAGACUGGUGGGACAUUUGAGGAACCUAUUCAUCACAAGUCGCUCUUCAAGACACAGCUAUUCCAACGCGUUGUGGACAAGAAAAAUCCCACUAGAGCAGCUGCCAAGACGGUGUCGGAGUAUAUCUUCGCGCCGAAGUAUGUGAAGCAGGAGGACCUCAGCGAGUACGAGGGCCGGGACCCGCUUGUCUUGGAUCAAAUUGUUCAAGAAGUGGACACGAUUCGCAAUCUUCAGUUGACAGAGACAUUCGAGCGUGACGACGGUGAAGUAUUAACAGCCGAGGAGCUCAAAGUCGCCAAUGAGGAGCAAGAGCACGAACGUCUGCGCCGAGAGGACCCUGCGAAAUGGGCUCAAGCUAUCUAUGGCAAUCUUGCUCAGCGGACUACAACUGACGGUCAGCACUCUGGGCCCAAAGUUCCCACGCCACCAAAGAUCAAGAUGCAGCAGAGCAAGGCACUGUUUAGCAACAUGGUGAAUGAUAUGAGAACUGGAGAUCUCGCCCAGCCGGUGGUCGGAUCGGCCCAUCUACCAGACCAGCAGUGGUCAUUUGGUCCUCUUUCUCAGCUUCCCCACGGGCGACCGGCUCAGCUGAACAACAAUAGGCCGACACAGGGUCAGAUCGAUGGCGCGAUCCAGGUCGAUAGCUCUGACAACGACUCAACACCUGACGCUUCGCGAGAUUCGCAAGUCACCAAGGCGCGGGCGGCCGGCUGCAAGAACCAAUAG